AUGGGAAACAGCACAUGGGUGACAGAAUUCAUACUCACUAGAUUGACUGAUGAUCCACAAUUACAACUCCUCCUCUUUGUGAUAUUUUUUGCUAUUUAUGUCCUGACUCUGGUGGGAAAUGUGGGCAUGAUUGCUUUAAUCAGGACCAGUCCUCCACUCCACACACCAAUGUACUUUUUCCUCAUCAAUUUAUCAUUCCUGGAUAUCUGCUAUUCAUCGUCUGUAACCCCAAAGUUCCUUUCCAAUCUUUUAAAAGAGAAUAAAGCUAUUUCUUUUGCAGGUUGCUUUACUCAGCUUUACUUUUAUGGUCUAUUUGCCACCACAGAGUGCUACCUUCUAGCAGUGAUGGCCUAUGACCGCUAUGUAGCCAUCUGCAAUCCUCUAUUCUACUUCAUCAUCAUGUCCCCCCAAAAACGUAUCCAACUUACAGCAUUUUCUUAUAUUGCCGGGAUCAUCAAUGCUUUAGUACACACAACUGCUGCAUCUCAAUUACACUAUUGUGGCCCAAACAUCAUUAAGAAUUUUUAUUGUGAACUUCCUCCCAUAUUAGAACUUGCCUGUUCAAACAUUAGCCUUAAUGAACUUUUGAUGUUUAUACUUAUUGGGUUCAAUGUAAUAACAACUAUCCUGACCAUUCUUAUCUCUUACACUUACAUCCUGGUCACCAUUUUAAAGGACCACUCUGCCAAGAGUCAUCGGAAAGCCCUCUCCACUUGUACAUCUCAUCUCAUGGUCAUUGGCAUUUUCUACGGGUGUGGUAGCUUUAUCUAUGCACGACCAAGCUCUAGACAGUCUCACCAUGUAGACCAAAUGGCUUCCCUAUUUUAUAUAGUGGUGAUCCCCAUGCUAAAUCCCUUGAUUUAUAGCCUGAGGAACCAGGAGGUCAGAACUGCCAUCAGAAAAGUCCUACAAAAAAGAGCUAUGUCCAUUUAUUUUUAA